AACCAAAGUAAAGCAGAAAAAAAGAAGAAGCUAAAACAGCAAAGAAAAAUGGCUCAAACUAUGGAUUUGGAAGCUAUCACUGAAGCAAUCUCAGGAAUGGGAGUUGAUGAGAAAGCAUUGAUAAGUACACUGGGGAAUUCGCACAAAGAUCAUCGGAGAUUGUUUAGAAAAGCAAGCAAAAGUUACUUUGUGGAAGAUGAGGAAAGAGCUUUUGAGAAAUGCCAUGAUCAGUUCGUCAAACAUCUCAAGCUUGAGUUCUCUCGCUUCAAUAACGCGGUGGUUAUGUGGUCGAUGCAUCCAUGGGAGAGAGACGCAAGACUGGUGAAGAAAGCACUGAAGAAAGGAGAUGAAUCUUACAACCUCAUCGUGGAGGUCUCAUGCACGCGCUCUUCUGAGGAUCUCCUUGGAGCACGCAAAGCUUAUCACUCACUCUUCGACCAAUCCAUGGAAGAAGACAUUGCCUCUCACAUCCACGGCUCUCAUCGCAAGCUGCUUGUGGGGCUCGUGAGUGCUUACAGAUACGAAGGGACCAAGGUCAAGGAAGAUUCCGCAAAAUCUGAUGCUAAGAUUCUGGCCGAGGCACUGGCUUCUUCCGGUGAGGAAGCCAUGGAGAAGGAUGAGGUUAUUAGGAUUCUGAGCACAAGAAGCAAACUUCAUCUCCAACAUCUUCACAAACACUUUAAUCAAAUCAAAGGCUCUGAUCUUCUUGGGGGUGUAUCUGAGUCUUCGCUCCUCAAUGACGCAUUGCUCUGUUUGCUCAAACCCUCAGUGUAUUUCAGCAAGGUUUUGAAUGCGUCAUUGAACAAAGACGCGGACAAGGGUACCAAGAAAUGGUUGACAAGAGUUUUAGUUACGAGAGCGGAUCAUGGUGAGAUGAAGGAGAUCGCAGAAGAGUAUAAUCAGCUCUAUGGUGAGACUUUGGCACAAACAAUCCAAGAGAAGAUUAAAGGGAACUACAGAGAUUUCUUGCUCACGCUACUAUCCAAAUCGAAUUGAUUUCGGUUGAUAAAAGUAUUCCGAAUAUUUCGUUAUCGAACGAUUUGAUUUCCUUUUGGUUUUAUCUUUCUACACCAAGAUUUGCAAUUCUCUUUACCAUUUUGUUCCAUCUUGUAAUAAAGACUUAUGUCGUUGGUGACAUGAUUCAAGAAGACAAGAGACUGUCAUGUUAAACUCAAUUUUGGUGCCUUAUUCACAAUUCCAGUAUACGAAAAA